AAGACAGCGGGAAAUAAGCACUCGUCUCUGGAUCCAUGUGGCAUCUCCAUGCGAGCCAUCCCUCUUGCGGUUCAUGGGGGGUCUCUUAAUGAGUCACCCUCUGCUGCCUUUUAAAGACCAUUUUUCCUCCUCGGGGAAAUGUGCAGCUUGGCAUUAAUUGAGUAAAGGUCUAAGACGUCAAGUGCAGGUGGCUCCCCUCACAGGGGCGGUUGUUGUUUUUAAACACUACAGAGAAGCUUCUGGAUCUUCGUCCAAGUCCACAAUGCUCAGACUGGAGACUCUCGUUUGCACUUUUUCUGCGCUGUGCAUCGCAGCCAAAGCAGAGCUGAAAGCGCGGAAUUGCAGCGAGGUGAGGGAGGCUUUUGCAGCCAAGGGCUUCAGCUUCGUGCACGUUCCUCUCCAGGAGAUCCCAGGUGAACAUCUUCGAGUGUGCCCGCAGGGAAACACGUGUUGCACCCCAGACAUGGAGGACGCGUUUGGCCAGCGGAGUAAACAAGAGUUUGGCGAUCUCGUUGAUGAGAUAAGUCAUAACUUGAGAAGCAUCUUUGUCUCCAGGCAUCAGAAGUUUGACGAAUUCUUCCUGGAGCUGCUGGAGAACACCGAGAGGUCCUUGAACGAGAUGUUCGUACGGACUUACGGCAAGCCUUACAUGCAGAACGCUGAGGUGUUCGAGAACCUUUUUGCCGAGCUGAAACGCUAUUACACGGGAGGCAACGUCAACCUGGAGGAAAUGCUCAACGACUUUUGGUCUCGACUGCUGGAGCGCAUGUUCACGUUGCUCAACUCGCAGUACGUCAUCACUGAGGACUACUUGGAGUGUAUCAGCAAGUACACUGACCAGCUCAAGCCCUUUGGAGAUGUGCCCCGGAAGCUGAAGGCCCAGGUCACCCGGGCGUUCGUCGCUGCUCGCACUUUCGUCCAAGGACUCUCUGUUGGCCGGGAGGUGGCUCAAAGAGUUUCCAAGGUAAGCAGCACUCCAGCAUGCAUGCGAGCGCUGACAAAGAUGUCGUACUGCCCCUUCUGUCAAGGCAUGCCCUCCAUUAAGCCUUGCAAGAACUACUGCCUCAAUGUGAUGAAGGGCUGCCUGGCCAAUCAAGCUGAUCUGGACUCAGAGUGGAACCAUUACAUCGAUGCCAUGCUGCUGGUGGCUCAGAGACUGGAGGGACCUUUCAAUAUUGAAUCCGUCAUGGACCCCAUUGAUGUUAAGAUCUCAGAGGCCAUCAUGAAUAUGCAAGAUAAUAGUGCCCAGGUCUCCUACAAGGUUUUUCAAGGUUGUGGCCAACCAAAACCCUCAGGAAUGACUAGGUCUACUCGUGGCGUUCCGGAUGUGUUCAACGCCCGCUUCAGGCCGUACAAUCCAGACGAGCGUCCCACCACGGCAGCUGGCACAAGCCUAGACAGACUGAGGAUUAUUUGGAACACGAUGCAACACAGUGUUGUUGACAUAAAAGGUAAACUGAAGGAAUCCAAGAGAUUCUGGUCCAGUCUGCCUGAGGAGAUGUGUGUGGAGACCCGACUGACUGCUGGGAAUACCACUGACGGCCACUGCUGGAAUGGACACACCAAGGGGAGGUAUUUCCCUGAAGUGGUAACAGAUGGACUGACCAACCAGGUGAACAACCCAGAGGUCAACGUCGACAUCACCCGUCCAGACACGUUCAUCCGUCAGCAGAUCAUGGCUCUUAGGGUGAUGACCAACAAGCUGAAGAACGCCUACAACGGGAAUGAUAUCUAUUUUCAGGACGCAAGUGAUGAGGGCAGCGGUUCAGGCAGCGGAAGUGGCUGCACAGAGGCCUGCCCCCCCACAGAUGUGGAUGUGGCCGCUUCCGAAGCCCCUCUUGUGGAAGCAGACCGGAGCGGGCCUGUCGGUGGCGCGUCGUUGGCCUGUGCGUCCCCUCUAGGCCUCUUAACUGCGCUGGCCCUCUCAGCCUUGGCACUCCACAUGCGCUGGAGAUAAUGCUGGGGGGAAACAGGUUGGGACUUACCAGUCUUUGAUAUUCCCACUUUCCCAAAGAAUGCACACUCCCAUCCAUAGACUCAUGGCAUCAUUCCUCUGACCAACGCUGAUGCUGAUCCCACAAACUCUGCUGCAGAGAUUAAAACUAUUUUAUAUAAAAAAAAAAACUCUUUGCACAUACGGCAGGCAGUAAUGUCUGUCUCCAUGUGGACAAAUAUAGCACGCACUUUCAUUAUUUUCUAUAUUUGUGUUAGGGAAAAAAUAACCGCGUGUGUGUCAAAGCAUUUCAAAUGUGUGUAUUGACAACUAAAGGUUGCACCAAAUGUUAUUUAAGUAUAACAUUUGAAACGCAAUGGAUGGAAAUGAAACAAGUCACAGAAAAAGUGAGUAUACCCCUCACAUUUCAGCAACCAUUUGUGUUACAGUACUGUAUAUCUUAAGGGCCCCUACUAUACAAAUGUAACUUGCCUACAUUUUAGAGUAGUCUGUGUACAACCUGCAUUUUCAAAAAUGACUCCGACCGGUCCAGGGUGUACCCCGCCUCUCGCUCAAAGUCUGCUGGGGUAGGCUCUAGCAUACCCGCGACCUUAGUGAAGAUAAGCGGCAUCGAAGAUGGGUGGAUGGAUGGAUGAAAAUGACUCAACACAUAUGCAUUAUUGUAUAAAUAGCUGACAACAAAUGAGUAGCAAGAUAAUCAGCGUCAUGAUCUACGGCUGCAUAAGUGCUGCUGGCAGUGGAGCGCAGCGGUUCAUUAAGAGAAACAUGAAUUCCAACAUGUACUGUGACAUUAUGAAUCAGAACAUGUUCCCCUCCCUCAGGAAGCUGAGCUGCACAGCAGUUUUCCAGCAUGAUGAGGAGCCCAAACACACCUCCAAGAUGACGUGUCUUGCUGAGGAACCUGAUGGUGAUGGUAUCUUCGACUAAGGAUUUUCGUAGUUUAAUCUGAUUUGUUAGAUUUUGGCCAAUAGUUGGCUAAUAUUGCCCACACAUCUCAUUUGCACCUUUUUCGACCUCAGAGAAUUGGGCUAAAACACUCUGAUAAACAAAAAAACAUGGUAGGUGUGCAACAACAGCACCUUAAUUUAUUUAGUGACACAGAAACCGAAACUCUGUGUUGUCGGCCCACAUCAGAAAAGUGCACAUAGAAUAGGAACAGCAUGGCUUGAGAAACAACAACUUCCCAAAACGCUCAGUUAGCAGCCUAAUUUCUUGCCUUAAAAUUCACUGUUGGCAUAUAAAAUGAAGUUGGUGUAACAGCCUUACCUGUUUGAAAUGACAUUCAAUGAUAGUCAAUGAUGAUCCAAUGAUGUCGGUUAUGUUGGAUACGUUAGAAGCUGCUGACGCAAGUUGCACCUCACUUUCUGGAGUCGUAUUUAACCUUUUGAAAAUACUUCCACACUUUGGAUUGUUUUUUAGUAGCCAUUACGAGCCAAUGAGUCCGUCGACGUCAACGGUCUUCCAAGUGCUCACAGCUGGCACUCGCCUCAGCUCCACUGAAGCGGGUGAUUUUAAUUUGAAUGCGUGGUAAGUGUAGGUCAAUUCAGUUCAAUUCUUUAUAAGUAAAAAUUAGGCAGUUUAGUGUGAAAAUAGGCUAUUUAUAACACAAACAGACAUUUUUUGUAAAAAUGUAUACUCAGCACCAGCCAUGUAGUCCAUGAUGAGCCUUGAUGCCGAUACUGAACGUCAAAUCAGACUCCUCCGAAUUUAAUUGUCAAUUAUUCUAAGACACCCCUAGUACUUACUGAAUGAUGAAUAUUGACACUUUGGACGAAAUUUGGACGUGUUCACUGUGAGGUGUACUCACUUGUGUUGCCAGCUUUUUAGACAAUAAUGGUUGCGUGUUGCCUUAUUUUCAGAUGACAGUAAAUCAAACUGUGAUGCUUGCUUGCAUUCUGCAAUGCUGAAGUGGGCCAAAAUAACUGGGAUUUGAAAUACAAUACAAAACAAUUCACAUUGUUUUUGUUGGGGCACGACUUAUAAUGAUUGUAUGAAACUGUUACUGAAUAAUCACAAUGAAGUGCACUACUUGCUUUCAAGCGCUUUUGAUUCAGUCUCAACUAAUUUCCUGUCUUGUCAAGUCCAACACAAAACUCCUCUAUGGCACAACUCAUUCAGGCAAGCUGCCCAGUACAACAGUGGCAUGGAAAAAUAUUUUCUCCAAAUAAUGUUCUCCAAACUUAGUCAAAUCUUUUGU